CAUAGCAGCGGUCAAAGGUUACCGCGCGUCACGGCAGACGCGACGCUCGACACACACGGCAUCGAAACGAACGGUUUUAGCGGCUUAUCGAAGUUUAAAAACAUAAAGAAAUACGUAAAGUAGCCUUGUAGUAAAGUGACAGGAGCGUAAUAAUCAUGGCGUCCACCGCGGCGGGUAAACAGAGAAUACCGAAAGUGGCGAAGGUGAAGAAUAAAGCCCCAGCAGAGGUGCAGAUCACUGCAGAGCAGCUGCUCAGAGAGGCGAAGGAGAGAGAGCUAGAGCUGCUGCCUCCUCCACCCAAACAGAAGAUCACUGAUGCAGAAGAGCUCAACGACUAUAAACUGAAGAAGAGGAAGGGGUUUGAAGACAACAUCAGGAAGAACAGAACUGUCAUCAGCAACUGGAUCAAGUACGCACAAUGGGAGGAGAGCCUGAAGGAGGUCCAGAGAGCUCGCUCUAUCUACGAGCGUGCGCUCGACGUGGAUCACCGCAACAUCACGCUGUGGCUGAAGUAUGCAGAGAUGGUCUUAUUUAAAAAACAAACAAAAAACACAUGACUUUCUUAGAAACCUUUUGACACUGGAGACGCUACAUCGCCCCGUGUCAAUCAGUUCUGGUACAAGUAUACCUAUAUGGAGGAGAUGCUGGGGAAUAUUGUCGGCUGUAGGCAGGUGUUUGAGCGCUGGAUGGAGUGGGAGCCGGAGGAGCAGGCCUGGCAUUCGUACAUCAACUUUGAGCUGCGCUAUAAGGAAGUGGACAAAUCCCGCAGCAUCUAUGAGCAAUUCGUGAUGGUCCAUCCUGAAGUGAAGAACUGGAUCAAGUACGCUCACUUCGAAGAGAAGCACGGCUACAUCGCUCGUGCGAGGAAAGUGUUCGAGAGAGCCGUGGAGUUUUUUGGUGAGGAGCAUAUCAAUGAGAACCUCUACGUGGCUUUUUCCAGAUUUGAGGAGAAGCAGAAAGAGUUUGAGAGAGUUCGCAUCAUCUAUAAAUACGCUUUGGACAGAAUCCCCAAGCAACAGGCCCAGGAGCUGUUUAAGAACUACACUGUGUUUGAGAAGAGGUUUGGAGACAGGAGAGGAAUUGAGGACGUGAUUGUCAGCAAAAGGAGGUUUCAGUAUGAAGAGGAAGUCAAGAACUACGCUCUCUAUGAGGAGCUGGAGGUCAAGGAGCCUGAGAGAACGAGGCAGGUGUACCAGGCAUGUCUGGAGCUUAUACCACACAAAAAGUUUACGUUUGCCAAGAUUUGGCCCUUAUAUGCGCAGUUUGAAAUCCGACAAAAAAACCUCCAGAAUGCUAGACGAGGCCUGGGCACAGCCAUCGGAAAGUGUCCCAAAAACAAACUGUUCAAAGGCUACAUCGAGCUGGAGCUACAGCUGAGGGAGUUUGACCGAUGCAGGAAGCUCUACGAGAAGUAUCUGGAGUUCAGUCCAGAAAACUGCACCACCUGGAUCAAGUUUGCCGAGCUGGAGACCAUCUUGGGAGACACAGAACGUGCCAGAGCCAUAUUUGAACUGGCCAUUGGACAACCACGUCUCGACAUGCCAGAGGUGCUGUGGAAGUCAUACAUUGACUCUGAGAUCGAACAAGAAGAGUACGAGAACACACGAGGACUUUAUAAAAGACUGUUACAGCGUACUCAACAUGUCAAAGUCUGGAUCAGCUAUGGCCAGUUUGAGCUGUCCAUUGACAGUGACGACCGCAUACAGCGAUGCAGACAGAUCUACGAGGAGGCCAAUAAGAGUAUGCAGAACUGUGAGGAGAAAGAGGAACGUCUGAUGCUCCUGGAGUCCUGGAGAGACUUUGAGGACGAGUUGGGAUCGUUCGCCAACAAGGAGAGAGUCCAGAAACUCCUGCCUGAGAAGGUGAAGAAGAGGAGGAAGAUCACAGCAGAGGACGGGUCGGAUGCAGGUUGGGAAGAAUAUUAUGACUACAUCUUCCCUGAGGACGCGGCCAACCAGCCCAACCUCAAACUGCUGGCCAUGGCCAAGAUGUGGAAGAAACAGCAGCAGCAGGAGGAUGAGGAUGAGGACGAGGAAGAGCAGGAAGAAGAAGAACAGCAGGUUCCACAAGGGAAGGAAGCACAAGAGAGUUCAGAACCAGAGGAGCAGGGACCUGCGGCCCACGGAGAAGAGCCCGAAAAAAAGUAUGACGAUCGCGACGAUGAGAGCAGCAGCAGUGACAGCGAGAGUGAUGGUGGCGACCGUGAAGAUGACAAAGACGAGACGGAAGAAACAAAAGCAGACACAAAAACACUCUGAACCGGUGUGGUGGAACUUAACACGUUAUUUGUCUCCGUUUCUGUCUAUCUAUCUCUUUUCUUUUGUAACAAAAUAAAGGUGUGAACCAAAUGUGCCAGUCACUUACUAUCAUUCAAUAUGGCGUCCCCCAAACCGAUCGUCGAAGAAUCAGAGGGAAUCAUGUCGCAAACGUUUGCACAGUUGUCAUGUUAUUUAUGAUGACUGAGCAAAGAAGUAUUUUUAUUUACUGAAUCUGUGCAUGGACAUAUGCUAUGACACAAGUUUAUUACAAUUGUUUAUGUCCAUAGUGUUUCCCCUGCCUUAUUCUGACUGCCUUUGCAAUGGAAAACGCGAGAAAUGUUCAACCUGCACAAGAGUCUUUUAUAUUUUAUUUAAAAAAAGACAAAUACACCAAGUGUUUGCUUUAACCUUUUUAUUUCAUGUAACUACAGUCCUUCAGUUUCAGCUUUAUUAACCCAGUAGAAUUAUAAUUAUUAACCCAAUUCAUUCAAAGCAGUGGCUCUCUGACAUUUCAAAUCAAUUUUGUGA